AUGGCCCGCGGCAGCUACGAGGCCUUCUCACAGACCUUCAAGUGCGAAGGCUUGGAAUAUUUGCACCCAGAGGACAAAGUCUUCAUCUGUCCGCAGGACAACAAGGCCUUCCUGAACCAGAUGUCUAUGCGCUACCACCAAUACAUCAGACAUGAGCUCGAGGAGCGCAAAGCGGAGAGAAAGCGUCUCCGUGAAAGGGCGGAGGAGCGCAAGGCCAGAGCCGACCGGCGCCCGGAAGCGAGCCACAGGGUCGCCGCAGUGCCAGCUGUGCCGGCAGCGCCGGCGCUGCCGGACUCAGGCGAUGUGCCGCGGGUUGCCUCGCCAAAAGAGGAUGCACUUGAGACCAGGGAGCUGAGCUUGCCGGCUGGGGAGGCGAAAGCAGCCGCAAAGCCACGGAAUCAAGCUGACCCCAGGCUCGCUGCCGCGCAAGCGGCGCAAGCGGCGCAAGCGGCGCAAGCGGCGCAAGCGGCGCAAGCCGUGCAAGCGCAAGCGGCGGUGCCACCAGAGUCCAAGACAGCGCCCGCUGGGACUGAGAAGCCCUUGCCAGAAGAGGACCUCUAUGGCAAUAUGGAGGGUGAUGAGGCCAAGCGACAGAAGACGGGCUCCUCCUAUGCCAGCGCCAUGAACGCCAUGCUCAGAAGCGACUUCGAUGAAGACGUGCCGAAACCGAUGAUUUUCAGACUGAGCCUGCUAGCUAUCUUCCACGCCGCCGCCCUGGAGACGGAGGAGCCUGCGCUUUCCUUGAUCCAGGGCCAUGCGCGAAAGAUCAUCAAGAAGGCUGCCAAGACCACCGCGGCGCAGCUGUCCGCUGAGGAUGCGCUGGCUGACCUCGAGGGAGUCUCGCUGAUGCAGGGAGGGCAGUAUCGAGUCAGCGCGCAGGACCAAUGCGCAACCGGCAGAGCCCGAAGGGUAAAGAAGGACCUGGAUCCAGCUAUGUCAGCAGCGGUGGCGGAUGGAAUGGAGGACAGUAUGGCUGCAGUGGCCUUCUUCCAGACGAACCGGGGAUGGCGGAAGGUGGAGGAGUGUCACGGGGCAGCUCGGGACCGGGCGGCAGACGAGGCAAUCGAUGAGGUGGGUGAUUCAGCCGCCACCUCUUUGCUCCAGCAAGAGCACAGCCGAAUCAAGGUCCGGAAGGUGGUGCCGGUGCGGAUGAUGAUCAGCCCGCAAGGUGCAGGAGCGUCCCUGCUAACCUGGAGUGGAUGGAAGAAGCACGUGGAAACUGCUCCGAUGACGAAUGCGAGAAAGGCGGGUAUAGAGAAAGGCUUUGUCAGGGCCGCCAGCUUCUCGGUGAUGUGUCCCACACCCAGUGAAGCUUUGCCCACAGCUGGCCGUCGCCGGGCGUGGGUUUUUCUUCUGCUUGUCUUUGCCGUGUUCUUGAGCCUUGUGGCUCCGGCGCGGCAGGUACAGCGGGCCCCAGAAGCCAAGGUAGCUGAGGACUCCAACCGAUCCUACCUGAAGGAGGGAGCGGUCUACCAGAAUGAGUAUAUGACACUUUGGAACGCGAACAAUGUGGCCAUCUCUGUGACCUUGAAGAUGAAGGACUUGAAGCACUUUGAGCUGCGCAUCAACAACCUCAACUCAAAGGGCAAUGGAAACGAUGGCUGGUUCGCAGUUGAAGGCUCCUUUGAGAUGGUGCCGAGUGGCAAGAAUAUGUUCACAAUUUUGCCCGGCAAAGACGCGCGCGGGAACGACGACAUGGUCUUCCAUUUUGAUGAGAGCCUCCAAGAUGGAGCCACACUCUUCCUGUACAGGUGUGUCCAGCGCCUGGGGGGCGGGGGGAUGCUCAAGUUUCUGGAGCUGCAGGUGGAUGCGGCUCAGGACAAAGUGCUGGUAAAGCCCAAAGCACGGCUUUUGCGCGCACUCUGGGACCAGCCGGUAGACUUGAGGCUCACCGCGGAGGACAAGCUUUGGAAGCCAAAGUUGCCUGAGGCCUCGGAAGCCUAA